AUUUAUUAAAACACACGAUCAGCUUCUGAACACAAAUAAAUUGUUUUAAAAUUUCAUCAGAUGAGGGUUGUGGUGUUUUUUGUUUGUUUGUGAAGUUAUUUUCUCUUUAAAAAAAAAAAAAAAAAGAAGGAAAAUUCAUGUUCGAAAACCAAUGACCUCUGCUGAAGAGGUACUAUCUACAAGGAAGCCCGUUCAGCGACUGGCCGAUUCUCAUCAAUCUUUCUAAUCCGCGGAGAUGCGCGGUGCUUCGUAAACAAAACGACAAUGUUGGAAAAGACACAGAUAAACACAGGAGCGUCUAACUAAUUUUUUUUUUUGUUUGAGAAAAGAACAUGGAUAACAUAGUUUUUUCAUGCUUUCGUUGUUGGGAGUGUCUGGAAGUUUGGUGCCCUUGCACCUGCAUUAAAUUCGGGACGACCGUUCUAGCAGUCUACACGAUAUUCUUAGCAGUUCUCCUCCUGUACCUGUACGUUCCAGAAUUCGCCGAGUUUCCUAAAUCGUUCUUGCACUUUUUCUCCCUACGUCGGAACAAUCCGUUCCUCGGCGAAGCAAGCAUUCAAAUUAUGCGUGAAAACGAUGUAAACGUUAUGGAAUACAAGUCGCCUUCAUCGUCGUUGACGUCACCGUCAUCGUCUUCCAAACCACUACUCAUUAACUCGAAAAUAAGGAAUUUGAGGAAAGUAUUCCGAUAUCCUCAGACUAUAACGCUGACAACUCUCUCAUAGGACAAUAAAUAACAAUAACUUCAUGUCUUCACUUAACGCAUCAAUAAACAUAUUUUUUAAAUAAUAA